CGAACAGUGCCCCGUCUUUCAAAGAAAAGAUCCCCCGAUGGGAGCGUUUUUGAAUGUGUGUUUUGAUAAAGAGGAAGUGAACACUUGUUUAAGGGGAAAAUGUAGCGGCGCGUAUUCAGAGAGCGAUUAAUACAGACUUCGCAGUUGAUGAUCUGUGGCAGGAGAGAAAACGUCCACCACUUUCUCUCCUCCGGGACACUGGAAUUGGUCGGAUAAUGACUGUUUCCGAAAGACAUGGAGGAGUUUUAUGCAUCCUGUUUCUAUUUGGAAUGUCUGAAGUUACUUUCGCUUUACUAAGGCAUGAUGUCAAUGACGGAUUAGGUUUUGAAGUAAGUUACGCAGGAGGAACGGAAGUAAAGCCUGUAGUUUUUCUAACUGUGUCUUCCCUGGCAUCAAGGACCAACAACGUGGAAGACCGCAUAAUUGAGAUGAACUGGGAUUAUAUUGCCCAACAGGACGUGGAAGCAGAAGUAUGGGUGAAGCUUUACAAUGCUGAUCCUCUCGCAAAUCAUUCCGAUCCUUUAAUAUCUGUACGGCCUAGCUCAGCUGGAUAUCACAGGACGAAUAUAAAGUAUCCAGAAAUAGCAUUUACAACAGAAAAUCUGACGGACACUUGCCUUGGCUUUUGGAUAACAUACGAAAGAAAUUCUGAAAUUUCUUCUUGGAAUUGUUUACGAGCAAGACCUCAUUGGAUGAAUGAAAUUAGAUCAAUACUGGGAAAUAUGUCUCUAAUCGAAAUGAUGAUACCAGGAACACACAAUGCUGGAAGCUAUGGCCCUUUUAAUAGAAAUGAAGACAACAGGUUCAACAGGUACCUGCUGAAUCAGGAGGAAAAUAUUUGGAGUCAGCUGGUGUAUGGAAUCAGGUAUCUGGAUUUACGAGUAGCUUAUCAUGACUCAGUGAAUCCCCCUGAAAAGUUCUGGAUUACGCACAGUUCUUUUAGAACAGAAGUGCCAGUAAGAGAAGCCAUAAAUCAAGUCAAACGAUUUCUAAACGCCACUUCAGAAAUCGUAAUAAUGGAUUUCCAUCGUUUUGUGGGAGGGUUCCAAGGCCAGGAUUCUGUGGUGCGACAUCAAGAAUUAAUCCACUUACUUGAAGAAGAGUUAGCAGAUUACAUGAUUCCUGCUGGUUUCACUCCUUGGGUAACUCUCAAUUCUCUUUGGGAUGUUGACAGAAGACUUUACGUUGGCUAUGCUGACAACAACGCCAGGAGACAAAGCCAGUAUCUCUUUCCAGCAAUAAAGCAUCUGUGGGGAGACGUUGAUAAAGUGCGCGAUCUCAAAGCAUAUUUGAAUAGGACAGUUUGCAGCACUCGGGCACCAAGAGGACUUACCUCUGCCAUGGCUCAACUAACACCUUCCACCAUGGGAGCAAUCUUCGACUUCUAUGGCGGGUUGCGAAACAUGGCGGAUGCUGUUAAUCGACAGAUCACAAAGUGGUUUCGAGAUGAAUGGAGCCAUUGUGCAAAUAUUGUAUCCACUGACUAUUUCUUGGGUAACAACAUUAUUGAAAUUGCCAUUGAGACUAAUAAAAGAAGAAGGCCGUUACCAGGAACUGUAUUUUCAUAAAAUGAAACACUUUACAGUAUGGAGCUUGGUUUUUUCCUAAAGUGAAUUUUUAAUGACAUUUUUUUAAUUAAACAGAUUCCUUUUAUUAAAUUUUAUUAGAAAUA